AUGGCAGAGGAAGCUACAGAGGAAGCGGUGAUGGCAGAGGUGGUGGACAGCCAUAUGGACAACAGUAUGGAAGAGGUGGUGGACAGCAGUAUGGCAGAGGUGGUGGACAGCCAUAUGGACAUCAAUAUGGGAGAGGUGGUGGACAACCAUAUGGACAACAAUAUGGAAGGGGUGGUGGACAGCAGCACGCUAUAUCACCCAAGGCACAUAUGGCAGCAGCUUCAGAGCCAACUACCAGUACCUCUCAGGGACAAUCAAAGGAAGAAGGACAGAAUGAAGCAACCUUUGGGAACUUUGCUCACUAUGUCUACAAAGAUGAAGGAAAGGGAGAGCAGCAGGAAGAUUGGGACUGCAACCAGGCAUAGAGGUCUUUGGCACAUAGAUCAUGACAAGAUGGGGCAUGAUGCUAGUUCUGUGUUUGUUGCGAUUGUUGGAGGAAAGGAGAGUAUGGCCCUAGUUCAUCAUUGUCGAAUGGGCCACAUGGCAUUUGAUAAAAUGUUUCGAGUUUUUCCUGAUGUAAUGAAUGGCGUGGACAAAAUCAAAUUAUGUUGUGAUGCCUGCGAAUAUGCUAAGCAUACGAGAACCUCUUAUGUUAGUAGAGGGAUCAGAAGUGUAUCCCCAUUUGUGUUAGUGCACUCUGAUGUAUGGAUGUGUCCUGUUGUGUCAGUAAGUGGCAUGAAGUACUUUGUGACUUUUAUUGACUGCUAUUCCAGAAUGACUUGGAUUUAUCUUAUGCGUCACAAAGAUGAAGUGUUCACUUGUUUUCAGAGUUUUUGUGCCUAUGUGAAGAACCAAUUCAAUGUUCAGGUGCAAGUGAUCAGAACUGAUAAUGGUACUGAAUAUAUCAACAAACCUUUUGCUGAUUUCUUAUCUUCGCAAGGUAUACUGCACCAGACUUCAUGUCCUGGCACUCCUCCCCAGAAUGGAGUUGCUGAGCGGAAGAAUAGGCACAUUCUUGAAGUGGCUCGAUCUCUUAUGUUUACCAUGAAUGUUCCCAAAUUCUUAUGGAGUGAGGCAGUUAUGACUGCUACGUAUUUGAUCAACGAGAAUGCCUUCAAAGAUUCUAGACAGAAGGGUUACAAGUGUUGGAGUCCCACUGACAGGAGGACAUUUGUAAGCAUGGAUGUUACGUUUCGCGAGUCAGAACCAUUUUAUGACGGUGAGAGUGAUCUUAGUGGCUUGUUCCAGGGGCUUGACCAUCUUGGUGAUGCUCAAGAGGGGGAGCAACAGCCAGGUGGUGAUCAAGAGCAGCAAGAUGGUGACCAAUAUCAACAUCAACAAAUUCCUCUUGUAGCGGAGAUUCCUGCAAUUCCUGGUACACCUACACCACCUAGACCCGUACCACCACAAAGAUGGCUGCAGAAUCCACUUGUGACUCUAGAAGACAUGUACAAAGGGAGCAAGUAG